AAUCACUAAGAGACAUACUCAAGGUCCACAGGGAAUCUCUUAAUCUAUGAGGAGGGAAGUCAUUUAUGAGCGCCGCUGGACUUUCAUUCAUAUGACAAUGUCAGUGUGGAUAUUACUGCUCACUGUGGGUGUGUCUGUCCUGGGACUGUCCUGGAGUCAGCGAACUGAACCCAUGUUUGCCUCAGUAACUCAGAGUGUUUUCCCGUCGGACUAUGAGAAUAACCCUACGCAGCUCAACUACGGCGUAGCUGUGACUGAUGUGGAUGGAGACGGAGAUCUGGAGAUGUUUGUGUCAGGCUACAAUGGCCCAAAUCUGGUGUUGAAGUAUGACAAGUUUAAGAAGAGGCUUGUUAACAUUGCUGUUGACAACCGCAGUUCUCCAUAUUAUGCGCUCAGAGAUCGUCAGGGCAAUGCCAUCGGAGUGACAGCGUGUGACAUAGAUGGUGAUGGCAGGGAGGAAAUUUACGUCCUGAACACUAAUAACGCCUUCUCAGGGAGAGCAACAUAUACCGACAAGCUCUUUAAGUUUCGUAAUGGGAGGUUUGAGGAUCUCCUGAACGAUGACAUAAAUGAACACAGGGAUGUUGCCAAUCGCGUGGCUGGCCGGUCAGUCGCAUGUGUGGAUAGAAAGGGAACAGGCCGUUAUUCCAUCUACAUUGCCAAUUAUGCCAGUGGAACUGUAGGUCCACACGCUUUGAUCGAAAUGGAUGAAAGUUCAAGUGACCCUUCCAAGGGAAUCAUUGCGCUGUCAAACGUGGCAGAGCAGGCCGGAGUCAACAAGUUCACAGGGGGACGGGGGGUCGUGGUCGGUCCCAUCCUCAGUCAGACCCUACCUGAUAUUUUCUGUGACAACGAGUACAGCCCUAACUUCCUGUUUCGCAACAACGGAGAUGGUACUUUUACAGAUGUGGCGGCACAAGUGGGUGUUGAUGACCCAAUGCAGCAUGGCCGUGGAGUGGCGUUAGCAGAUUUUAACCGGGAUGGAAAGACGGAUAUUGUCUAUGGAAACUGGAACGGGCCUCAUCGCCUGUUUCUACAGCUCAGCAACAAUCGCAAGCAAAGGUUUAAGGACAUCGCCACACAGAAGUUUUCCAUGCCAUCUCCUGUUCGCACUGUCAUCGCAGCUGACUUUGAUAAUGACAAUGAACUUGAGGUUUUUUUCAACAACAUUGCCUACAGAGGACCAUCAGCCAACAGACUGUUCAGAGUUUCUCGGAGAGAACACGGAGAUCCACAGAUCGAGGAGCUGAACUCGGGGGAGGCCGCCGAACCAGAGGGACGGGGAACCGGAGCUGCUGUGACUGAUUUUGAUGGAGAUGGACAGCUGGAUCUGUUGGUGACACACGGGGAAAGUGCAGCUCAACCCAUCUCUGUGUAUCGAGUCACUCAGGGGUCAUCUAAUAAAUGGCUGCGUGUGAUUCCACGCACACAGUUUGGGGCUUUUGCUCGCGGGGCCAAGGUGAUAGUAUACACGAAGCGAAACGGCCCUCACACGCGCAUUAUAGACGGAGGAUCAGGGUACCUGUGCGAGAUGGAGCCAGUGGCUCACUUUGGCCUCGGGAAAGAUGUGGCCACCAGUGUGGAAGUCUUCUGGCCCGAUGGACGUUCUGUGGCGAGACCUCUGGAGCCCAGUGAUAUGAAUAAAGUGAUGGAGAUCUAUUACCCUGAGAAUGAGGAAGAGCCAACCCAAGUAGUGGAGAUUGAGUGUGGACCAGGAUUUGAGGUCAAUGAAAACGGCCGAUGCACUGACCGAGAUGAGUGCACACAGUUCCCAUCUGUCUGUCCCUCUGAGCGACCCGUCUGCACCAACACCUACGGGAGCUUCAAGUGUCGUGCAAACAAGCGGUGUAACCAGGGAUACGAGCCUAAUGACGAAGGGACAGCGUGUGUAGCCCAGGUGGCUUAUUUUGGAGGAAACAGAUCCUCAGCCUCCAAGCUCUUGGCUUCCCUUCUUUGGCCUCUCAUACUAACUCUCCUCGCUGUCUUUUCUGCUUGCUUGGGGGCAUGAAGGGCAGUGCCUCCCCUCUCCUAACAUCUCUGCCACCCCGCUUGGUCUCCGAUUCUCUGCUUUUCUUUCAUUUUCACACUAAGGUGUUUGGGAGUCAGCUGUAAAAUGAACUCUCCAUGGACCCGUCGCUCCUGCAAUGUCGUCACUAACAGACCUGUAUAAAUAAUGCUUCGCUUUCCAGUUGGGAACCACAAAAGAUCCCUGUUUUUAAGAUAAAACAAGCAUUCCCACUCCAUCUAGAGAUGGAGGCAAAAUCAAAGAUCUACAUGUUCAUCAGCUGUGAUGUGGGAUAAGAUUGUGAUUGUAAUGAUCUUUGUAAAAGGCCGUGUCCCAGCGUGUUACAGGCGAUUAUGAGUUCUAGCGCAUAUCGGCAGCAGCGUGUUAGCAGGUUUUCCAGGAGAGCAUAUGCCCGGCCAUCUGUUUCACGCAAGGUUACAUUCCUUGUGCUCUGAAUAAUACAUUCACGAGAGAUUCAUACCGUACACUUUUGACCCUCACCAGUACUCACGACUGCCCUCGGGAUCGGUGCAUGUUUUUGGCAUGGUUGAGUAUUGCAAAACAGUUUCAUUUAGCAAAAUGUUGUUCAGAUUUAUACAUGCGGGAUUUCAGUGAUAUAGCUGCAAAAACAUAGACCCAGACCACAUUGUGAAGCAAAACUUUUUUAGUAGAAUUUCUCAGCUUUAAGUACUACGAUAGAAAUGUCAUGGUUUCAUUUGAUAUAAUAUGUUUUUGUUUUUUUUUAUUUUGCGAUGACCACAACCAAAAAUGGCUUUAAAAUGUUUUAACUCUAAAAUAUUGAGUUCAGAACAGUCAUUUUCCACACAGGUAAAAAUGUUUUCCAAAAAUGAACAAAAAGCACCUUAAAAGUAGUCCAUACAACUUCUGUGCAGUGUUUCAAGACAAAUAAUAGUUUUGUGUGGGAAAUAAGUAGAAAUGUAAAGGAAUGUUUCUUGCAUAUUGUAUAAUAUAAGCUGAAAAUAUGUACAAUGUAAAGAAUUUGGUGUAGGAUUUAUUUGAAACAAAUUUCACUCAGAAAUGUUAAAAAAUGAAAAAGAAAUGGAAGCAACUCACUAAAUUAAAAAUUAAAAUUUUGAAGUAGAAUUAUUACAACUAUUUUUUCUCAUGUGAACUAUUCAUUGUAAAAUGAAUGUUUGAAUGAAUGUUUCAUGCAAAUAUGAAAAUUGUCAUUAUUUACUCCUAAUUUUAUUUUUAGACUUGUAUGCUGUUAUUUAUUUCUGUAGAACAUGGAAAAGAAUCUUCACACAACUACUUCUCCCUCAUACAUAGACGUAGUGACCAUGUAUGGAAGCCCCUUUCCGCCAUUGAAUAAUAAAAAAGAAAAAUGUAAUUGCGACUUUUUAUCUCACAAUUCUGAUUUUGCAAAUGCAUUAUGGUCCUAGUUACAACAAAUACACAAAUAUGAACUACCAGUUACAAAACUAGUCAUAUGUCAGUGCUCUGAAACAGGAAAAACAUUAAUUUCCAUUUAGUAAGUUAUUCUUCUGUCAAGUUUCAGGAUAGGGUAAUUUUUUUGUUGUUGAUUUUUUUUUUUUUUCCAUACUUAAGAUGUCAGUGAAUUUACAGUACAAUUUAAAUUUCAUGACUCAUGAUUCUAAUUGCAAAUUUCCUUUAUGCAGUUCUUUUCUUGGAAUUGCUUGAUACCAGUUUGCAAUUCUUUUUUUUCAGAAUUCAAAUAUAAACUCGCAAUUCCGAGUUAUAAAGUGAGAAUUUCGAGAUAUAAAC